AUGCCCAAGUUCUUCUGCGACUACUGCGAUGUCUACCUCACGCACGAUUCUAUGAGCGUGCGCAAGGCUCACAAUAGCGGUCGAAACCAUUUGCGAAAUGUAGUCGACUAUUACCAGCAGAUUGGUCAUGAGAAGGCCCAAUCCGUCAUCGACUCCAUCACUUCCUCUUACGCCGCUGAGGGACAGGCCCAUGCGAACCCUAUGCUACCUCAAAACCAGCCUGGACAAGGCUUUCCCCCGCCUCCCUUCGGCUUCCCGGGUGGCAUGCCUCCUCCGUUUCCUGGGAUGCCAGGCGCGCCCCCUGGACAAUUUCCUCAAGGACUUCCUCCACCUCCUGGUGGCGGUCGAGGCAUGCCUCCCAUGCCAUUCCCCGGACCCAAUGGCAUGCCUCCUAACGGUCUUCCGUUCCCUCCUCCAGGUGGCUUCCCUUUCCCACCGCCUGGUGCUCCCGGUGCUCCUGGCGCCGUAGGUGGUAUCCCUCCUCCUUUCCCUGGUAUGCCUGGUAUGCCUCCACCUGGACAAGGCUUUCCACCCGGUGGUAUGCCGCCGCCUGGUUUUGCUCCUCCAGGAACAGGCACCCCCGGGCAUGAGAAGCGAUGA